GAAGGUGUUCCAGCCUCGCAAGCUACCAAAGUUUUUCUCAAACCAACAUAAUAACCCUACACCCAACGCGCCUCCCACGCGCCGCCAUAUAUCUUCCAAUUCCCCCGCAAUUCAUCUGAAAACUUCCACUACUGUCUCUACUUCCCCUUCAAUUAUUUAAUUAUUCCACCCUAAUUCUAUUUUCCUUUAUUCCACGGAUGAAGGGAAACUUUUGAAGGAAUAGUGUUUGGUGGCAAAUAUAUACAUAUAAUUAUAAUAUUGGUGAAGGCUGUGCAGUCUUUAUCAAACCGAAAGGUGUUUUGGUUUUGAGAGGAGAUGUUGUGGGCUUUGAACCGAAACGGUGUCCAUUUGAUCAAUUGCAUAUUUCAUUUUUCCGAAUGGCAUCCGCUGGAGUCCACUCACUUUUCUAAUUAGCUUCCGGUUUCAUUCCUUUGGCACCUCCCCUUUUUAUAUCUUUGUAUCAGGUUUUGUUUUGUUUAAGUUGGUGAUUUGUUAAAGUUAUACUUUUGAGGAAACUUCAAGUUUCCAUGUUUUUCAAGGGACAUUCUCUUGCAACCGUGGCUGAAAUGGGCUGCUGUGGUUGUUUUGGGUUUUCUUUUGCCAGAAAUGAAAAGAAACCUAACCCCGUGAUGCACAAUGGAAAUCACAUUUCACAGCAGUUGUUGUUAGAUGACGAUGUAGAGUAUGAGGAAGAGGACGAUGAAGUAGAAGAAGAUAAUGAUAAUCGCUCCUAUGGUGAGGACAUGUCCGAUAAUGAAAAGCGAGAUCAUGAAGAGUUCAGGAACCCAUCUAAGCGCUCUGAGGAUAUUCUUUUGUACAGGACGCAAAACGGGUUGAUUUGCAGGGAGUUCCCUGUUAAGGAAACACACAAAGUUGUCCGAUCAGAGGAUGAGAACGGGAACAAGAUGGUAAACGAGUAUGUUCGAGAGUAUAAAAUUGGCUCUGGUAGCUAUGGGAAAGUGGUUCUUUACCGUAGCCAGGUCGAUGGGCAGCAUUAUGCAAUUAAGGCCUUUCACAAGUCUCAUUUGUUGAAGCUACGAGUUGCCCCAUCUGAAACUGCGAUGACUGAUGUUCUCCGCGAGGUAUUAAUCAUGAAAAUGUUAAAUCAUCCCAAUAUAGUAAAUUUGAUCGAGGUAAUUGAUGACCCAAACACCGAUCACUUCUACAUGGUGUUAGAGUACGUCGAGGGCAAAUGGGUCUUUGAGGGUGCUGGACCCGCAGGUGGUUUAGGACAACGUGUUUCAAGGAGAUAUCUGCGUGAUAUUGUUUCUGGGUUGAUGUAUCUCCAUUCCCAUAAUAUCGUCCAUGGUGACAUAAAACCUGAUAAUUUACUCGUUACUGCCACUGGCACGGUGAAGAUUGGUGAUUUCAGUGUCAGCCAAGUUUUUGAGGAUGAAAAUGACGAACUUCGUCGCUCCCCUGGGACUCCUGUUUUUACUGCUCCUGAAUGCUGUUUAGGUCUGACUUAUCAUGGCAAAGCUGCUGAUACAUGGGCGGUUGGAGUUACCUUAUAUUGCAUGAUAAUGGGACAAUAUCCUUUUCUUGGAGACACUUUGCAAGAUACAUAUGAUAAGAUCGUUAACGAUCCAAUGCGGCUCCCAUCGGGUAUGAACCCACUACUUAAGAACCUACUUGAGGGUCUUCUCUGCAAAGACCCCACAAAGAGACUGACUCUAGAGAAAGUUGCAGCUCAUCCUUGGGUGGUGGGAGAUGAGGGACCAAUGCCUCACUUUCUUUGUUGGUGCAAACGAAACAAAUUACGAAGGGAGCAAAUGUCAGAUGGGAUCAUAACAGAUGCUCUCAUUAAUACUAACUGAAAACUUUUGUGUCGCGAAGGGUUUUUUUUUCUUUCUUUUGUAUAGUAAGAGUUUGUUUGAGAGCUUUAAGAAGUAAAUGAUCUUGAAAAAAAUUUAGAGAUUUUGUGGGGGGUUACCUUGUUAAAAAUGAUAUGCGACCUUUUGAUUUUGAGUUCACGAUAAUUUGUAUUUUUUUUGUAGCCCGGUCUUGAAAAAGGGAUUGAAAUUCAGAUAAUGGUAUUGGAACAGUAUAUUGAUUGCAAUCGAUAUUUUGUGUGUAAA